AUGCCUCGUACGACAACUGGAUCUAAUAAGGGUAAAGAUGAAUCGGUUCGGGUCGUUGUUCGAUGUCGUCCGAUGAGUGAUAAAGAACAAGAAUCUGGCUGCGAAAGAGUUGUUGAUAUCGAUGGUCAACGUCGACAAAUAUCUGUUCGACGACCAACCAGUGAAUCUUCUCAUCGUAGUACUGAUGAUACUAUACAUAAUUUUUUUUUUGAUGCUUGUUAUGAUUGGAAUUCACAGCAAAAAGAUGUUUAUGAUCAAACAGCACGACCACUUGUUGAUUCAGUACUUGAAGGUUUUAAUGGAACAAUAUUUGCUUAUGGUCAAACUGGUACUGGUAAAACAUUUACUAUGGAAGGUAUUCGUUCUCAAGCGGAAUUACGUGGAAUAAUUCCAUCAUCAUUUGCACAUAUAUUUGAUUCAAUUUCACAUACUACAUCAAGACAAUUUCUUGUACGAGCUUCUUAUCUUGAAAUUUAUAAUGAAAGUAUUCGUGAUCUCUUAUCAAGAGAUCAAAAUAAACGUUUGCAAUUACAAGAACAUCCUAAAGAAGGUGUUCAUGUACAUGAUCUUAGUUCAUUUAUUACAAAAAAUAUACAAGAAAUUGAACAUGUUAUGACAACAGGAAAUUUAAAUCGUUCAACGGGAGCAACAAAUAUGAAUGAACAUAGUUCACGAUCACAUGCUAUUUUUAUUAUUACUGUAGAAAGUAGUGAGAUUGGUAUGGAUGGAAAAGCACAUAUUCGUGUUGGAAAACUUAAUCUUGUUGAUUUAGCUGGAAGCGAACGUCAAGCGAAAACAGGAUCAACUGGUGAACGCUUUAAAGAAGCAACAAAUAUAAAUUUAUCUCUUUCUGUACUUGGUAAUGUUAUUUCUGCACUUGUUGAUGGUAAUUCACAUAUACCUUAUCGUGAUUCAAAAUUAACUCGAUUGCUACAAAAUUCACUUGGUGGCAAUUCAAAAACAAUCAUGAUUGCAACACUUGGACCUACAGAUUAUAAUUAUGAAGAAUCUCUUACAACACUUCGUUAUGCCAAUCGAGCUAAAAAUAUAAAGAAUCAGCCACGUAUAAAUGAAGAUCCUAAAGAUGCUUUAUUACGAAAAUUUCAAGAAGAAAUAGCUCGAUUAAAAGAACAACUUGAUGGAAAAAGUAAUAGUGGUAAAAGAUCACGACGUCAUAGAAAUCAUGAUGGAGCUGAUAAUGAUGAAAAUAAUGAUAGUGAUCAAAACGAUGAAGAAUUAUAUCUCAAAGAACGACAAGAUAAACUCAAUGAAGAAAAACGAUCAAUUAUUCAGAAAAAAAAUUUGAAUGGUAAAUUGAAUUUUUCAUUUAUUUUUAAUAAAGAAAAGUUUUAUUUAGAAACUGAACGAGAAGGCAUGCUUAGACAAUUAGAAGACAAACAAAAAGAAAUUCAACGUGAACAAGACGAACGUCGGGAAAUGCAAAAUAAAAUACAACAAAUGGAAUCAAAAUUAAUUACUGGUGGAAAAGAUAUUGUUACACAUACAACUGAACAAGAAGAAGUUUUACGACAAAAACGACGCUUAAUUGCUGAAGCUGAACGUCGCCACCGUGAAGUUCAGAAACAAUUAGAACUGGGUGAAGAAGAACGACAAACAAUGAAUGAAAAAUAUACAAAUAUAAAAGAAGAAGUUGAAGAUAAACGUGCUAAAAAAGAGAAAUUAUCUAAACAAUUAAAAAAACUCGAAGCUAAAAAGCUUGAGAUUGUUGAAAAACAUCGUACAGCACGUGAAGAACUUGAAGCUGAGCAACGUGAAAUUCAGAGACAAGCUAAAUUAUAUCAACUUAUUAUUGAAAAUUUUAUUCCUAUUGAUGAACGUGAACGAUUAUUAAAAAGAAUUCAAUUUGAUGACCAACAAAAUCGUUGGACACUGAAAGAAUUAUCGAAACAAACAGACCAAAUGGCUGCUCGUCCAACAUUAACUCGUGGUGAUCGGCGUCCAAUCGCUUUACAUUCACAGUCAAAUUCGAUUCCUGAAAUAGCUUAUUUUAAAGGUGAAAAUAUUAUCUUACUUCAACUCGAUUUUCCUAGUCGAACAACUCGGGAUUAUGAAGGUCCAAUGGUUUCACCAAUGAUUCAAGCAGCUAUUGAAAAUGCAAUGAGGGAUGAAGAAAAUAUUGAAUUAGAUGUCAAUAAUAUUCCACUUGAAAAGCGGAAGAAAAAAAAGAAAACAAUUCCUAGUAGUGGUGGUACUUAUGAUAAUUAUAUAUCAUCAACAUCAUCUAUAUCUCGUAUUGGAUAUGGAGAUUCACAUGCGAGUCGUAGUAUGAAUAGUGCACGACGUUAA